GAGUUUGUGAAAAGUUGUGAGAAGAGCAGGAGGAAGCGGGGAGAGAGGAGUUGGGGCUGUGCCGGAGGCCAAGGACUGAGGGGUCUCAGGUCACCCCUGGAAGCCCCCGUGGCUGGAAAGGAGCCGAGCGUCUGCGUCAAAGACGGGACCCGCUCGGAAGUUCGCUCCUACCUGAGCCGGGAACUCAAAUCUGCGGGUCCGCAGCCCUUCUCCUGCGUGGUGACUCUGGUGGCCGCGUUUGCGCCCUGGCCAUGAGGAUCCGGAUGGCCGUGAGGUGGACCUGGGCAGGCAAAAGCUGCCUGUUGCUGGCGCUUUUAACAGUGGCCUAUAUCUUAGUGGAACUCUCGGUCUCCACUUUGCAUGCCUCUCCAGCAGCCGACCUUGCCAGGGAGCGGGGGCCAAAACAGCUUUCAGACCCCUGGGAAAAGGCAGAGGAUUUGUCUCGUCCGCUCUACAAGAAGCCCCCAGCCGACUCCCAUGCACUUGGGGAGUGGGGAAAAGCCAGCAAACUCCAGCUCAGCGAGGGUGAAUUGCAGCAGCAAGAGGAACUUAUUGAGAGAUAUGCCAUUAAUAUUUAUCUCAGUGACAGGAUUUCCCUGCAUCGCCACAUAGAAGAUAAGAGAAUGUAUGAAUGUAAAUCCAAGAAGUUUAAUUAUAGGAGACUUCCCACCACCUCUGUUAUCAUUGCUUUCUAUAAUGAAGCCUGGUCGACUUUGCUCCGCACCAUCCACAGUGUUUUAGAAACUUCUCCUGCGGUCCUUUUGAAGGAAAUCAUCUUAGUGGAUGACUUGAGUGACAGAGUUUAUUUGAAGACACAGCUUGAAACUUAUAUCAGCACUCUUAAUAGAGUGCGCUUGAUUAGAACAAAUAAGCGGGAAGGGCUGGUUAGAGCCCGCCUGAUUGGGGCCACUUUUGCCACUGGGGAUGUCCUCACUUUCCUGGAUUGUCACUGUGAGUGUAAUUCUGGUUGGUUAGAACCACUUUUGGAAAGAAUUGGUAACGAUGAGACGGCAAUUGUUUGUCCUGUUAUAGACACCAUUGAUUGGAAUACUUUUGAAUUCUAUAUGCAGACCGGGGAGCCCAUGAUUGGUGGAUUUGACUGGCGCUUAACCUUCCAGUGGCAUUCUGUCCCCAAACAUGAAAGGGACAGACGGAAAUCGAGAAUUGACCCAAUCAGAUCACCCACCAUGGCUGGAGGACUGUUUGCUGUCAGCAAGAAAUAUUUUCAGUACCUUGGAACAUAUGACACUGGAAUGGAAGUGUGGGGAGGUGAAAACCUUGAGCUGUCUUUUAGGGUGUGGCAGUGUGGUGGUAAAUUGGAGAUCCACCCGUGUUCCCAUGUGGGCCAUGUAUUCCCCAAGCGGGCGCCAUAUGCUAGACCCAAUUUCCUACAGAAUACUGCUCGGGCAGCGGAAGUGUGGAUGGACGAGUACAAAGAGCAUUUCUACAAUCGAAACCCUCCAGCAAGGAAAGAAGCUUAUGGUGAUAUUUCUGAAAGAAAAUUACUACGAGAACGGCUGAAGUGCCAGAGUUUUGACUGGUAUUUGAAAAAUGUGUUUUCUAAUUUACACGUUCCAGAGGAUAGGCCAGGUUGGCAUGGAGCUGUUCGCAGUAUGGGAAUCUCUUCUGAAUGUUUAGAUUAUAAUUCUCCUGACAACAACCCCACAGGUGCUAACCUUUCCCUGUUUGGAUGCCAUGGUCAAGGAGGCAAUCAAUUCUUUGAAUAUACCUCAAGCAAAGAAAUAAGGUUUAACUCUGUGACAGAAUUAUGUGCAGAGGUUCCUGAGCAAAAAAAUUAUGUAGGAAUGCAAAAUUGUCCAAAAGAUGGGUUCCCUAUCCCAGCAAACAUUAUUUGGCAUUUUAAAGAAGAUGGAACCAUUUUUCAUCCACACUCGGGGCUGUGUCUUAGUGCUUUCCGGACACCUGAGGGUCGACCUGAUGUUCAAAUGAGAACUUGUGAUGCUCUAGAUAAAAAUCAAAUCUGGAAGUUUGAGAAAUAGAAGAGCACAACGGCACUUUCUUCCUGAGCUGACAAGAGUUCCAAGAAAGUCAAAGAGCCGGUAAAGAACGUCAGUGAAGAUUUUAUUUUAUCAGAAAUCACCCACUGGUCAUCUGCGAGAGCUCUGUGAAAGCUGUGUUCCAUUUUGGUGUAGAACACUGAAAGUGGGUGCAUAGAGAGCUGCUCUUUAAUCUCUCAAAGUGCCUUACUGAUGGGUUGUCUUAUUUAAGAGCUUUGUCAAUAUGGUUUCUUCUCCUUAAAGAAGUUGACUGUGAAUUGAGAUACACAAAAUGUUUAAGUGCCAGACUUAGUAUUACAGAAUGUAAAAGUCCAAGCAUAAUGAGGGAUGAGUUAUGUUGAUGGGUAAGUUCACUACCCAUCCCUUUAAAAACAGAACUCAUAAAUGUGCGGUUGGAGCUAUUGCUGUUUUGAUUGUAUAUAGGAUUUGAAUUUCUUUUAGCCAGCACAUUAAAUUUUAGGUGUUUUUUUUUUUUUAAUUUUGAUUUUCCUUUAAUCAGCUAGAAAUCAAAGAAAGUUGAUUUGAAGGGAAAAGGCCUGGUUUAGAUGUAUGUUUCAUUGGAAGAGGUCAUUAGUUUGAAUAUGAAUUUGGAGGUCUUUUUAACAUGGAGACAUCUCAGAAAAGCAUACCCACGUCUGAUGAAAUGGGGAGAGAUUUACAUUCCAUACUUGGUGAACUUGAGCUAUUAGACUUCACUGAUUUGUAUUGAUACCUCAUAUUGCUCUGAUUUUGUAAGCUGUCCUCUCUGUGAACUCUUUUUUUGUGUGUGGGGGGCAUUUUCUGAUUGCACUUCCUUAAGUUAUGAAUGUACUGGAGAGGGACUCAUUCACAAUACUGUGCUUCCCUUUGUUAAUGCUUAAUCGUUUAAAGUAAACAUAGUUGUUGGCUCUCUGAAGUUAAACCCAACUGCGUUUACUGAAAUGUGUGAAACUGAAAGUGGGCCGCGUGCUACAAAGGCUGUGGGAUUCUUGUAGGAGUCUUCCUGAUUAGGACAUUUAAGGAUUUAUCUUAAAACAAGGAAAAAGACUGUCUGGGCACUGGUGAAUGCCACCUUGCAGCCUGUUUUCAGCACCUAGCAUCAGCCUGGUACUCAGGCAGCUUUCAUUAAGUGGGUGAAUGGAUGGAUGGAUGGAUGAUGAAUGAAUGAAAGGCUCAGCCAUGGAAUGUGAUUUUGGUCCUGUCCUUUGACCAACAGACUGUUUGGGCCUCAGUUUUCUCAUCUGUAAAUAUGGGUGCUGGAUUAGAUCUCAGAGAUUCCUUCCAGCUCUGAAAUGUUUUGAUCACACAUUACAAUCACUCUUGCAGUCUUUAUAAUACUUUUUAUGUCUUCACUUUUAACACAGAUAAUGUGGUUGAACAACAUUCAGUUCAGUUAUGAAGCUGGAAAAGAGGGACAGUUUUAAAUUAAGUGAGGGUCGCCUGGGGGGCUCAGUCGGUUAAGUGUCCGACUCUUGGUUUCAGCUCAGGUCAUGAUCUCGGGGGUCAUGGGAUCGAGCCCCACGUUGGCCUCUGCACUAAGUGGGGAGUCUGCUUGAGAUUCUCCCUCUGCCCCUCCCUCCACUCUUUCUCAAAUAAAUAAAUAAAUAAAUAAAUAAAUAAAUCCCUAAAAAAUAAUUAAGUGAGCUGAGCCCAACUGAAGUGGUUUAGUUUGGAUUGAGUGGAAAAUUGUUGUGGUCAAUGUUUGUAUUCAUUUUAUUUUGACAAUUAUUGAACCAAUUUUUGUUUUUAGCUUUACUCUUCAAACUCUAAAAGUAAUCUUUUGGGCUAAGAAUAUAAAUAUUUACCAAAACUAAUUACCUGAGUAAAAGCAUACUUUUUUUUUUUUAAGAAAAAAGUAUGUUUACUAGUUUUAUUUCAAUGCUAUAUCCAGAAAUCAUAGGCUGAAUUUAGAAUUAAAUCUCAAUUAGUUCACUUUGGUCUAAAUUUAUGAAAAAUGCGUACUCCAUAGAGAAUUAGAUGACAGUACUCAUAAGUAAAGUUGUUUUCAGUGCGUACAUAAUGAUGGGACAGAAGGGACUUUGCAGAAUGUGAAUUUAAGGAAAGCUUUUAGGAUAACCAUUUUAAAAAGUAAAAGUGCUAUGUAUCUUGAAUAUUUUAUUUCUCUUUUGCUUCUUAAAAUGAAAAUGUGUUAAUAACUUUCAUUAAUUACCAACCUUAAAGUUUAUCAAAGAAUUGUCCAAAUUUCAUGUGCAAUGUACAUGGCCAUGGGUGUAAUUUAAGAAGGAUUUAUAAGAAUACUCUGAAUUUUGCAAAAAUCGUUGUUUGAUAGCAGUUGUUCUAAACCCACCCUCUCCUCUUGCCCGGUCUACUUUUUAAUUUAAAUUAUCCUUUCUCUCUCUCUCUUUUUUUUUUUUUUUGUUCUUGUUAGCUCCCUAUCAAAUGGAAAAACUAAAAUUGAUGUAUUCUGGAAGUACUUAUUGGAAUUACUUUUAUUCCAGUAUCUUGCUGCUCUUGUCAAAAGGUGAAGGGGGGGGGGGUACUGAAAAGCAGAGUACUUAAUUGUUUACCUAUUGCCUAAACUUCAGGCUGUGACCCAUUCAUCUUUUUGGAAGGAAUUUUGGGAUAGUGCUUUAUUUAUACCAAUAACUUGAAAGUGUCCAGUUGUUCAUUCCUCUGGACAGUGUAUGUAACAGAAGAAUGAGACUUUCAUAUUUUCAUCUUUAGGCAUUUCCAAUUUAAUUUCAAAAACAUACUGUAAAAUUACAAACAAAAUUUAUUUUGAUUCCCUAAUUCCAAUUUAUUGGUACCAAAGCUCUCUUCUGCUGUAGACCAUGAAGAGUUGACCUUUUAAGUUACUUUACAUACUAGUAACAGUUUCAGUAAAAUAUUUGGUAGACAAGAGGUUUCCAUUUUAAAUGGUCACUGUCAUUUAGUGUCCAGUUCUUUGAGUAGAUUGUCUAAAUAGGCAUUUCUAGCAGUCGUCUUUUAAAAAAUUGAUAACCUAGUCAUCUGCAGGAUCUCUGUAACUCAGAAUAACUUGUUUGUGUAAGAAAAUCUGUUUACUCCCCCAGGGGUAGGCUCCUGCAUAUUCAUUGUAUGUUGGCAAAUCAAACUUUUCUAGGUUGAAUACAAGAGGUUAUUUUUAAGUUGUAGAGUCUUAGUGGUUUUAGGAUCUCAAUUUUAAUUAAUAAAAUAUUUAGUUUUGACUUGUUUGUCCCUUUAAAUUGCUGUGUUAAUAAUAUUUUUAAAUGAGCACAAAGAAUGUUGAGGUUCAGAUUAAUCUUUUGAACAAUGAAUUUUUUUCCUUUGUGAUGAGCAGUUUCCAUCCUUUUUUUUCCUUUUGUUAAUGGUUUUUGCAAUAUUGAUUAAGAUAUAAAAUAAAAUGUGUGGCUAAUUA